AGACACACUGAGGAGCAGGACACACACUGAGGAGCAGCUGUGAGGAGUUGGACGUUGUGAUUGACGCCAUGGCGAGCGCUCAGCCUGGGGUCCACGCGCUCAAACUGCAGCCCCCCUCUGUGUCUCACACCCUGAGCACCGGCAGCAACUUCAUCAGAUGGGACGAGGACGUGUCCACAGUGACUCCGGUGACGCUCCGGGUCGAUCCACAUGGAUUCUACCUCCACUGGACCGACCAGAACAAGGACACUGAGCUCUUGGACCUGACUCUGGUCAAAGAUGUCCGAACAGGGCGGAGCACCAAGACCGCCAAGGAGGCUAAGCUGCGUGAGCUGCUGGACGCGGGGAACCUGGUGGGACGCUUAGAAAACCGAAUGCUCACAGUGGUCACUGCCUCAGAUCUCGUCAACGUCAGUCAACUCAUCUUCAUCGCUUCACAGGAGGAAGAGGCAAAGGUGUGGAGUGAGGAGCUCUUUGCUUUGUGCUCAAACCUGCUCAGCCUCAACUUGAACCGAGACCGGAGUUUACUGAAGGCGUAUGUGAGACUGACUCUGCUGCCGACUGCAGAACAGAGAAUACCAGUGAAAAACAUUGUCCGUCUGUUUUCAUCUGAUCGUAAGAGAGUGGAGAGCGCCCUGGAGAGCUGCGGCCUGCCGUGUGCCCGGGGCGAGAGCAUCAGGCUGGACGACUUCACUCUGGACGUUUACCGCAGUUUCCUCGAAAGUUUAUGUCCCCGACCAGAACUUGGGCAAAUCUUCAAACUGCAAGGGGGCGCUGACAGCACACUCACACUGGACCAGAUGACAGACUUCAUUAACAGCACACAGAGAGACCCGCGGCUGAACGAGAUUCUGUACCCGCCUCUUCGCCCGCCUCAAACCCGCUCUCUGCUGCAGCGCCACCAGCACCAACCCCACCUGCUGCAACAAGGCCUCGUGUCUCUGCAGACCUUCUGCUCUUACCUCUCCAGCGACGACAACGGAGUCAUCCCUCCAGAGAAACUGGACCAGUCUGAGGACAUGAGCUUCCCCCUGUCGCACUACUUCAUAAACUCCUCCCACAACACGUACCUGACAGCGGGUCAGUUGGCGGGCAGCUCGUCGGUGGAGAUGUACCGUCAGGUGCUGUUGGCCGGGUGCCGCUGUGUGGAGCUGGACGUGUGGAAAGGCCGAACAGCCGAGGAGGAGCCGGUCAUCACACACGGCUUCACCAUGACCUCAGAAAUCUCCUUCAAGGAGGUGAUCGAAGCCAUCGCAGAGUGUGCCUUCAAGACGUCGCCUUUCCCCGUCAUUCUGUCGUUUGAAAACCACGUCGACUCGCUCAAACAACAGGCCAAGAUGGCGGAAUACUGCCGCUCCAUCUUUGGAGAAGCUCUGCUCAUCGACCCACUGGACAAAUAUCCACUCCAGCCCGGCGUCCCUCUUCCCAGCCCCCAAGAGCUCAUGGGAAAAAUACUCAUCAAGAACAAAAAGUCCCAUAAACCCUCCUCCGCUGGCGACACCAAGAAGUCGACGGAGCAGGCAGCCAAUCAGAACGAACCGCUGUCACUUAGCAACAACGCUGGAGAGAUCGAGGCUGAGAGCGAGGAAGACGAGGAGGAUGAAGAUGACGAGGGUAAAAAGGGCUCAGCGGAGCGAGAGGCCGUAGCUGCAGAGGAGAUGUCCACUCUGGUCACCUACAUACAACCCACCAAAUUCAACUCAUUUGAAGCUUCCAGAAAGGCGGACCGCUCCUACCACAUGUCGUCUUUUGUGGAGACCAAAGCUCUGGAGCAUCUCACCAAAUCACCUGUGGAGUUUGUCGAAUACAACAAAUCCCAGCUGAGUCGUAUCUACCCCAAAGGGACCAGAGUGGACUCGUCCAACUUCAUGCCUCAGCUGUUCUGGAACGCCGGGUGUCAGCUGGUGGCGCUCAACUAUCAGACCAUAGAUCUCUCGAUGCAGCUGAAUCUCUUCAUGUUUGAAUAUAACGGCCGCAGCGGUUACAGACUGAAGCCGGAGUUCAUGAGGAGGCCCGAUAAACACUUUGACCCCUUCACAGAGAACACGGUGGACGGCAUCGUGGCCAACACUCUGUCUGUGAAGGUGAUCUCGGGCCAGUUCUUGAGCGAGAGGCGAGUGGGCGUGUACGUGGAGGUGGACAUGUUUGGACUGCCGGCCGACACGAGGAGGAAAGCGCUCCGCACCAAAACCUCCGCCAACAACAACGCCAUUAACCCAGUGUGGGACGAGGAGCCCAUCGUCUUUAAGAAGGUUAUACUGCCCUCUCUGGCCACGCUCAGAGUCGCUGUUUUUGAAGAAGGAGGGAAGUUCAUCGGGCACAGGAUCAUCCCGGUGUCGGCAAUAAGACCAGGCUAUCGCUACAUCGGCCUGAGGAAUGAAAAGAACCAGCCCCUCACUCUGCCCGCUGUGUUUGUUUACAUGGAGGUCAAAGAUUAUGUACCUGACACAUUUGCAGAUGUGAUCGAGGCCUUAUCCAACCCGAUCCGCUACGUGAACCUCCUGGAGCAGAGGUCCAAGCAGCUGGCAGCUCUGACGCUGGAGGACCCCGAGGACGACGUGGAGUCGCAGCAGACGGAGACAGACAGCUGUGUGGAGAGAAACACUGACACUAAAACAUCAGCUGUGGAGAACGGCCUGAGUGUGACUCCUGCACCAACAGGACACACUCCAGUGACCACCACCCCCAAAGCGUCAGCAGCCAAUCAGACGACAGCGACCGCAGAUACCGCCAAAGCCCCCUCCAAGUCUGAGGACCUUGUCCUUAGUGUUUUAAUGGACGUCCCGGGGUGCUCCAUCGAGAGUCUCCAGCAGUCCAAGCUGUACCUGAAGGAGCAAAAGAGGCAGAGUAAGGAGCUAAAGGAGCUUCUACGGAAACACCAGAGGAAAACAAGCCAGCUCUGUCUCGACUUAAAAAGCAAAUACAAGAAAAUGUCCCGUCGUCAGAGCAGAGCUCAAGAAACUGAGAGGGAAGAGCGCCUCCUGCAGGCCAAAGAGGAGCAGCAGCAGCAGCUUCUCUCCCUGAGACAGGAGCAGUACUGCAGUCAGAAGUGUCUCAGGCGAGAGCACAUCGGAGCGCUGACGGAGCGGCUGAGCAGACUGGCCCAGGACAACCACAGUGUCCACAUGAAGAAACUCACUGACAUCCAGGACAAGGAGAAGAAGGAGCUGAAGCGACUGAUGGAUCGAAGGAGAACUGAGAAGAUCAACCAGGCCAAGACCAAAGAGAAGCAGCUCGCACAAGAGGAGAAGAUCGAGAUCAACAAGAGCUACGUAAAUGAGGUGGUGCAGAACAUCAAACGGUUGGAGGAGGCUCAGGCCAAGCGUGUGGAGCAGCUCCAGGAGCAGCACAGAGAUCUGCUGCAGCACAUCCAGGACCAGAAGUCCACGCUGCAGGAGGCAGUGGAGGCUGAGUUUCGGGAGAAGUUUCGUUGUUUGCCGGGAGAGAUUCACGUCUUCCUGCAGAGGUCAGAGGUCAGAGGUCACAGUGAGUCCAGAGCAUCGACCCCUCAUGAGGUUCUGACAGAGGAGGACUGAGAGU